AUGCGGUCACGUGCACCCAGCUUAGUCUGGUCACGUGCACCUAGCUCCGUACGGUCACGUAAACCUCGUUCAUAUGACCUUACAGAGCUCUGCGUAUCUCAAUAUGCGGCAGUGGCGGCAGCAGCCUACGCUAAAGAACUUGUCUUGGUGGUUCCGAUCGAUCAGAUUAAAACUACUCCAACAGCACGAGACACUCUAGCAGAUCCUGUCCACCGUUUCAAUGUCCCUCUCGACCUUACCGCAGUGCCUGUGAUUGCAAAUUUUGUGGGACGGCAAGACGAGCUAGACAAUCUGUGGCAUUAUUUACAACCGACAGAUUCACCAUCACGGAAAGUUGCAAUUCUUCACGGGCUAGGCGGAAUAGGAAAGACGCAGCUAGCUAUUCGCUUCGCGCGAGAUCAUAGAGAUGAUUUUACGGCGAUCUUCUGGCUGAAUGGCAAGAACCGGGAUGCGCUCUUGCAAUCGUUGAGCUCUGCCUUGAACCGAUUGCCUGGACAGGGUUGGGAUAGCGAGGCGACUGAUGACGGAGAAGUGGAGCAACGAGCUAGGCAUAUGCUACGGUGGCUAGCAUUAGAUGGCAACUCGCGCUGGCUAAUCAUUUUUGAUAAUAUCGAUCAAUACUCCCCCUUUGGCAGCGCUGUUGGCGAUGGUAGUGGUUUACCAGCAAGAAACACCACUAGCAGACUUCACAGCAAUCCAGAUGUCCUUGCUCUUGCUGAUCGUCUCUAUGGACUGCCUCUAGCUAUUGUUGUCGCCGGGGCGUUUAUGCGUGAAACUGGAACCAGCAUUACUGAGUACUUGCAGUACUAUCAAGGAUCUUGGUCUGAGCUACAGCUGCAAUCAAAUCCUGGACGUCAGUACGAGCAAGGCAAUAUGUUGCAAACAUGGAUGAUCUCAUAUCUUGAGAUCCAAAAGCGUGACCCAAGCGCAGCAGACCUUCUAUUGCUACUUGCUCGUUUUGAUAAUCGUGAUAUCUGGUACGAGUUAGUGGAGAGUGGCCGUCACAGCUCAAACGUCCCGGACUGGCUCAAAAAGGCUAUAUCAAGCGGACUCGCGUUCAAAAUUGGUGUGAAGUCUCUCGUCGGAUUCUCUCUUCUUGAGAGUAAGCAACAAGAAGGAAGCUAUGCGAUGCAUCCGGUGGUACAGGAUUGGUGCCUUCAUAUUGCCAACACAAACAAAAAUGUGAAUUUGAUGCAGCUUAAUGAACUGGCACUGAUAUCUGUUGGAUACUCUGUGCCGAGUGCAAGUGAUAGGAAUUAUUCAGAGCUUCAGCAACGGCUUCUUCCACACGCCACUUAUGUACGUUAUCUAGAUUGGUCAGAUGACAAUAUUGAGUUAUUGGGGGCAUUCGAUGGUUUAGGAAAUCUAUACUCUGAUCAGGGCAAGCUGAAAGAGGCAGAAGAGAUGUACCAACGCGCACUGGCAGGGUACAAGAAGGCCCUCGGUCUAGAUCAUACGUCCACUCUAAAUACAGUCACCAACCUUGGCCUUCUCUACUCCGAUCAAGGGAAGCUGAAAGAGGCAGAAGAGAUGUACCAGCGAGCACUAGCAGGCUACGAGAAGGCACUCGGUCCAGAUCAUACGUCCACUCUAAAUACAGUCAACAACCUUGGCCUUCUCUACUCCGAUCAAGGGAAGCUGAAAGAGGCAGAGGACAUGUACCAGCGAGCACUGGCAGGCAAGGAGAAGGCACUCGGUCCAGAUCACACGUCCACUCUGGAUACAGUCAACAACCUUGGCCUUCUCUACUCCGAUCAAGGGAAGCUGAAAGAGGCAGAAGAGAUGUACCAGCGAGCUCUCACAGUGGAGGCGUUGAUCUCAUCAACCAUUGCAGAUGGAAAAUAG